CCCUCAUCCUUCCAUCUUGUCAUCCCCGUUACAUUCCACCACUCCACCAACAACACAUUACUCGACUCACAAAGAGACACCUCACGACACUGCUGUUCCCUAGACAGCUCUCCCACAACACCCCUCGCUUGCUCCCCCUCUCUCACUGUUCUACGACCCACCUACCGCUAGCCCAUCCUCCCACACCCUAGUGUUUGGGUCCAACCCGCCACUGGGCUGACCAAGGCCGCCGCCGCCGCCAACACCCGACCCAACAGCCAUGGGGGACAUGGUGGCGCCGACGAGAGCCAAGCGCGGCCGCUCGCCGUCGCCGUCAAGCUAUGCCGACUCGCUCGCCUCGCCAUUAGAGGUGCUGCUCAAGCGCCGUCGCCGUGCCGAGUGGAAGCAGGCCAGCGGGAACGGCGGCUUUGCCCUUCCUCCGCCCCCUGCGCCCGUGUGGCGUCCCGAGCUCAACGCCGAGGCGUCGGGCAUGCAACAGCACAUUACCAGCAGCAGCGAUGACCAGCACGACGACAUGGAGGUGCUGCGCUCGAGCUCACCGCACCGGCGCUCAGGCUACGGCUCGGCCACGGACGUUGACGACGACGAGCCAGAAAGCAGCACUGCCGCCUGGAUGAGAACUGGUGGUGUCGAGCGCCGCCGCGCAAGAGCUUGGGAGCGCCUGCAAGCGCCAACGCACUCGUCUUCGUCUCUCUCGCACUCGCUCCCAGUGUCGCAGCCAGAGCCACCACAACAGGGGGCUCACUCGUCGUCAUCCCCCGCGGCUCGUGCCUAUGUCCGCGCUCGUGCAAACAGCCAGCCCAUGCCGCACCAUCACCAACCACAACACACGCCGUCGAGACACGCACACGUCGGCAUGUCGUCUUCGCCUGUUCGCCACAGCCCGCCGUCGAGCACGCCGUUCCGCGGAGACGAGUGGACGGCCGAAGAGCGUAUCCGAGAGUGGGGUGACGAAUAUGCGAGCCAGAACUCAUUGUUGUUUUCUUUGCACCAGGCCCGACACGCGUCGUCGUCGUCGCACCACGGCCAUUCGUCUGUGAACAUCACGCCGCACUCGUCGCAUACGAUGGACAUGAGUCAUACGCCGUACUCUGCUGUUCCGACUCCUUAUCGCUACGCCCGCGACGGCCACGGGCUGAUGGAAACGCCAAGCCUCGACCUGUCGUCGCCGUAUGUGUCGUCCCCCGAACUUGUAUCGCCCUUUGCGUCGCAGAGCACCAUGAUGGGAGGGCACAGUGGCAUCGCGCCGCCACCGCAGAUGGACGCGAGCGCGCAGGCCAAUUACGAGGAGACGAACCGCCUGCUCGCCGAGCUCAACGUGCAGCGCAUGCGCCGAUACCAGGCGCCGCCGCCGUCACCGGUCGAUGAGCGAUUCCACAACACGCAGGUGCACCAGCACCAGCACGAGUACCAUGACUCGGCCAUGGACGAGAGCUAGGACCGCAGCUCCGAAAGGCACAUUUCACCCCACCAAGCAUUCACUUCACACCAUUGACACCUCAUCCUCCCUUGUUGACACCUUGUAGACUAGCAGCAUGCUACUUUUAUCCAUUGUG